AUGAGGAGGGGUCGAAGGAAGAGCGCGCGGAGGAGAGUCCGCGCUUUACAUUUACUAUAUAAUCACAUCAAAUAUUUUAAAAGAGAGAGAGAGAGAGAGAUAAAGACUGAUACGAGGAGAGAGUCAGAGAGAGAGAACACGCGUUUCUCGCGGCGGCGAAAGCUUCAAAAGCGGGUGCUGUUCUCUGACGACUCGCUACUUCUCUGUUGCCUUUUUUGUAAUAGUAGAGAAAAGAGAGAGAAAGAAAAAGAUAAUAACACACACACACACGCACUAAAACGACUACUCUUCUUCUUCUUCUUCUUCUUCUUCUUCUUUAACUUUAACUUCUUCUUCUCUGUCUUCUUCUUCUUUGUCUUCUUCUUAAACGCGCUUCGGUCCGCAGAUUUUAUAAACCCUAAACACAAAAAAACCCUAAACUAA